CCUCCUCCGCGGCUGCGCAGACGAACCCCACGCGCGGGAGGGUGGGCGGAGCGCCCCCCCCCACAGCGGGGGCUGUGGAGCGCGGGGAGGGGGCCGAGAGGGUGGCAAAGCCGGCGCGCGCCCGGCUGGGGGCGGAGGGAGGGGGUCCGCGGCUCGGAACAGCCGCGGUGACUGGCGGCGGUGGCAGCCGAAGCGGCGACGAGCUUGGGGGUCGCGGCGGCGGCAGCGGCAGCGGCGACGGCGGGCCCGGAGGCGGGCGGGGGAGCCGGGGCGCAAUGGAGCGGGAGAGUGCGCUCCUCUCCCGCAGCCCCAGCGGGAAGAAAAUCCGCAGCAAGCCACAGCUGGCGCGCUACCUGGGCGGCUCCAUGGACCUGAGCGCCUUCGACUUCCGCACUGGCAAGAUGCUCCUGAACAAGAUGAACAAGAGUCGCCAGCGCGUGCGCUACGACUCCUCCAACCAGGUCAAGGGAAAACCCGACCUGAACACAGCGCUGCCUGUGCGCCAGACGGCCUCCAUCUUCAAGCAACCGGUGACCAAGGUCACCAAUCACCCAAGCAACAAGGUCAAAAGUGACCCACAAAAGGCCGUGGACCAGCCUCGCCAGCUGUUCUGGGAGAAGAAACUGAGUGGCCUGAGCGCCUUUGACAUUGCUGAGGAAUUGGUCAGGACCAUGGAUUUGCCCAAGGGCCUUCAGGGGGUGGGCCCAGGCUGCACAGAUGAGACCCUGCUGUCAGCCAUUGCCAGUGCCCUGCACACCAGCACCCUGCCCAUCACUGGGCAGCUAUCAGCUGCUGUGGAAAAGAACCCAGGUGUGUGGCUGAACACCACACAACCACUGUGUAAGGCCUUCAUGGUGACCGACGAUGACAUCAGGAAGCAGGAGGAGCUGGUGCAGCAGGUACGCAAGCGCCUGGAGGAGGCGCUGAUGGCUGACAUGCUGGCCCACGUGGAGGAGCUGGCCCGAGAUGGGGAAGCGCCACUGGACAAGGCCUGUGCUGAUGAUGAUGAGGAGGACAAUGAGGAGGAGCCGGAGGCUGAGCCUGAUCGUGUCUAGCUCAGGUCAGGGUGGCAGGGUGCGUGCCAUGCCUGUGCUGCUGAAGAGCCUGGCCCCCAUUUCUAUUCAGGUGGCUUUCAGUGUCCCAUCCUGUCCUUUCCAGAUGCUCAGCCUCGCCUGGACCAGGUGGGGACCACUGGGAGGUCGGCCUCUGUCCUCCCCAAGGCCUCCUCCCAGCUCAGUGCCAGGAGCCCUGAGACACAGCCCACCUGCGGGCGCUGGACAUGCAUGCCCCUGCCCUGCCUGGCAGAGGCCAUAGAGGACUCAAGGCCACUGGCCCAACAUGGAGGCCAGUAGGGUCCUAUGGCUUCCUGGCUCCUCAUAGGAAGAGGCUCUGCCAGGCACCAAGGAGCCUUGAGCUCCAGCAGCUGAGGGAAGGUUCUAAACACACACGUGGCUGUCUCUACCCUGCCUGUGCUGCACUGAAGUGCCCUGCACACUGGAGCUAAGGGCUGAUAGCCACAGGAAGUCGUGCAUCAAUAAAGGGAUGGUGGGACCCUCUGCCGAUUCUGACUCCACCCUGUGAGCCAUGGCCCUGCUGCCUGGGCCCUGUAGAACCCAUGCCAAACCCAAGCUGUCGAGACCUUUGGGGACCCUCCUCCUUCACACCCCACGUGCCAGGGGUAGAGAUAACAGCUUCAGGGUGCAGCCAGUGCCUCUGCAGUUGGUGCCACAGCCUCCAUCCCCUGGGAGAGGGGUGGGAAGGCUCCAGAACGAUGAAGGCCUAGGUCAUUACCUGGGGACAAGGUAGCUCUCCAGCCCCAGACCUGAGUGGCCAACCCUGGCCACUUGACCCCUCCAAAGUACACUAACCUAUGACCAUGCAGUGAGGCCCUGACAAGAAGCCUGGGGUACCCCAGAACCCCCAUCAUUACCAUUCUAUCUCCCCUCCCAUAUGGGGUAUUUUAUGAGCUGCUGGACCCAGGACCUCUAGUGGGGUCCACAGGUCCCACCAUGAAGACAGCCCCCACCCCAAACACCAGGCUCAGGCAUUCACUAGACCAACAGGCCAGGUAACACGAUGCAGUGUCUGGUUAGGGACCCCUUUGCAGCCAAAAAUGGGUUCCAGGCCUGGGCUGUGAGUGCCCAGGAGAUGGGUCAGAUGUCAGUGAGAGGCCUUUAGGGUGAAACCUCAGUCAAAAGGGCAGCCAUGGCUUCUGGCCUCCCUUGGGCCCCACAGGUCCCUUGCAGUGGGGUUAAGAACACCCUAGCCAGGUGGCACUGACCAUAGAAUGUAAAUGGCUUUGACAGGAUAUGGGAUGGGUACCUCUGUUCAGCCAAGUCCUUCCACAAACCAGGUACCCAGCAUCUUCCACCCAUGUGCCCUGCUGUACCGAUCCCAGGAUGGAGCUGAUGUUUGACCAGAACACCUCAUUGUCCCCUCAGCAGUUAUGUCAGUCCUUCAGUAAGCCACCGUAACAGAAGACAUGAGGGGGCAGGGCACUUUUCUGGGCAGGGGUCCUUAGCUUUUGAGGGGGACUGGAGCCUAUUAAGCCAGGAUGCAAAAAUGCAUUCAAGUGACCUCCCGCUGCCUGGAAUAUUACUUGGCUAUGAACAAGAGCAUAUUCAUAACAUGGAGGGAUUCAAGACAUCACACUCAAGAGUCUCGCACACAAAAUCCAGUGUGGGGUUCUAUGAUAGGAGGUAGUAUCCAGAGCAGAGCAGCCCUUGAAAACAUUUCUACAUAAAUGUCUCAAAAGGA